GAAAGAGCUGCUCUACACACAGCAGCAGCAUCAUCAGCAACAGCAGGCAUCAAACCCAGCGCUUGCCGGGGUGCUUUGCCCCCACAUAAGACAUGGCGUCUGAAGACCGAUCGAAGGCAGACCGCUGAGGAAGAGAAGUGAGUGAUGGAGUCUCUGUUUGGAGGGGAGCUGGGAUUGCUGGGAGGAAGUGAGGGACUGAAGGAAGAUGGCUGCUGGGCAGGAUCGCCCUUACCUGAGGAUAUGUACUCAGCCUCCCAUUUUGCCCUCAUCAGCGCUUACCAGGACAUUAAGACCCGACUGGCCGGCCUGGAAAGGGAGAACACUGACAUCAAAAGGAAGCUGAAGCUUUACGAGAUAAAGUUUCCUACAAUCAAUGACUUUGGUGAGGACAGGAACUCCUACUGCUCCUUCGAGCCAAAAGACACGGCCCUGCUCCAGUCUGAGAACGACAACCUGCAGCAGAGAAUCAACAUCCUCACCCAUGAGCUUCAAAAGGGUAAGGAGCGGGAGGAGCAGCUGGAAGAUGUUAUUCAGGCCUAUGAAAAGAUCCACAUGGAGAAGACUAAUCUCCAGAGAGACCUGGACAAGAUGACAUCUUUGGUGGAGAAGCACAUGGAGCGCAUCCACAGUCUGGAGGCUGCUCUGAGGCAGCGAGACAGCUCUCUACACAAAUUCAACACACAACUGCACAGCAAAGACAUGCAGUACCUGCAGCUACAUGCCAGUCCUGACACACACAGGCUAGACUGCCCAGCUUUGACCCUCCAGAGCUCCCGCAGCCUAGAUACUCUCUCUGACCUGAAACUGCAGCGUUUGGAGGCCGAGCUAGAAGGGGCACGUCAUGAAGCCCAGGGGGCAUGUCAGAGGGAGGAGGAGAUAAAGGCUGAAUGUGAAAGACUGCAAAAAGAUCUAAGAGAUCUUCAGAACAACCAGAGACAACAGGUCCGUACCCUUCAGGAUGUGAGCUCCACUUGUGCCCAGUGUGACAUGGAAUGGAUAAAGAAGGUGGGAGAUGAACAAGUGAAUCUGGCUCUGGCCUACACUGAGCUGACUGAGGAGCUUAGCAGGCUGCAGGCACUGAGCACCAAACAGACUGAGAUCCUGAGGAAAGCCUCACAGGAAGACACAAGCCCAGUUCAACGGCAUUCUCCUGUGCCACACCAGAGGCACUCACCUGUUCCACAGCGGCACUCCCCCAUUCAGCAGCGCCAUUCCCCAAUCCAACAGCGUCAUUCCCCAAUUCAACAGCACCAUUCCCCUAUCCAGCAACGUCGCUCUCCGGUGCUGCAGCGUCUCUCCCCGGACAUGCACCGCCGCUCGCCACUGGCUGAACUUAAUGAUGGCCCAGCUUCCUAUACCUGCAGACCCCCCACUCAACAUCUAAGAGCUAGUUUCCAAGGGCGCCGCAGUUACUCAGAGGUCGCAGACCCUUCAGCCUAUCAGCGUCCACCUCGAUUCACCCUUGACCCUGUCUCCACCUUGCCUAAGCCUCGUCCUUAUGUUGAGAGUUACCACAAACAGCAGCAACAACAGCAACAGCAGCAGCAGCAUGGCCAUAUCCUGGCCCAAAGGCGAGGCUCCCAGCCUGGGAAUCAGACCAUAGGUGGAGAAGGAAGUAUGGCUGAAUCACCUCGACACACCAGAGAGCUCUCUUUCCAGCAUGUAGAAUUGUCACAUCUGCAUUAUGAGCCUCAGCCUGCUCCAGCAGCACUACAUACCUCUCCACAGCCACCACACUCUUCAGAGGAUGAGGAAGAGUGGACCUGCCCUCACCCCAUCAGUCCUCCGCGAACACUGGGGACCUCUGGCCCCACCUCGAGCAUGAGAGGCCCUGCUUCCUGUUCAGCCUUCCCCAUCCCAGCUCGCCCCAACACCUUAAGCUGCCACCCACCUGGAUACCUGCAUGCAGAACAUGCCCAGUCCUGGCCUUCCAUUAAUCUGUGGAUAGAGACAGAGGAGGAGAGUGAUGUGAGGAGCUGCCCAUUGUGCCAACUAAUCUUUCCCGUCGGCUACCCUGAUGAUGCCCUGAUCAAGCACAUUGACUCACACUUGGAAAACAGCAAGAUUUGAGACCACAACCACUACACUGCUCCUUAAACCCAUUUUAACACUCAUCAAGUGUCAAACAGCCUUAGCUGGCUGAACUAAACUAAAGGCAGAACGAGCCUACUAAGGCCAAAUCCUCAUAUCCUGAGGAUUAGCAGAGAUUUAAAGUAUGCGGUGUCUAUGGUUAUAAUUAGAAAUGGCACUAAGAGAUAAAGGAUUUACAACAAUUUUUUGACAUAAUGUUGACUUAAUUUAAUUCUUUCAACAAUUGUCUAUUUUGAUAUCAAACUAAAUCUUAGAGUUAUUACACACAGACUCUCCUUAAAACAGACAGUAAUACAGUCAUAUACAGAUGCACCGCAAUAAACAUUGUGUUCAUUUGGCUCCAGGUAGACUUAUAAAAAAUAUGAGGCAUUAUUUCAAUAAUGGAUGUUUUUGCUGUGCAGGAUCUAUUCUGUUAUUUUAAACUAUAGCUUCCAUGAUCCUUCACUGCAUAUUUCAGUUCCAUAAGCCACACAGUUAAUAAGCUUCAUAAUGAGUGAUUGAAGACUGUGCAAAUUUAGAGAAAUCGGUGUCCUGCAGGGCAGAACAUCAUGGUCAUUUCAAAAGUGUCAAUAUAAUACACUGGCCAAUGACUACAUUUGUAUGUUGGUCUAAAUUUCAGCACUUUAUACAAACCCUUACUAUUUAAUAUAUCUUUACAAAUAUUACUGACACUAAGCCAAAUAUACAGUAUAGAUACAAUUUAUUUUUAAUAUUACCAAACGUUUCUCUUAAACACAUCUUAGAAUAUUAGAAUAUUAAAACCCUUUAACAAAACUGUACAUAGUUCAUAAUACAACACAUACGUCAACACAGUAUGUCAACUUGGAACUGCAUCUAUUGUUGUCUUCCAUAUAUGCAUAAUUAAAGAAAUUUCCAGGACACAAGAUCUAUGAUACAAAUAACUGCAUAAACAAACAUCAGACGCUAAUAACUAACAAAUGGCCAAUGGAUAUAACUCAUACUUUUUCAUCCUUGUCAGUAAAAGUGCUCUGAAUGUCAAAAAUCCCUAAACAUAACAAAACUAAAUAUAAUGAUGUUGCAGUUUUUGACACAGUGUUAAUAUAAAUUUCACAGUUAGUUCACUUAUUACACACACAUAACCUUUUUCCUUAAGAGUCAGCACUCUCAAACUGACUCAUUUUCCAGUGAACUACACAGUCGAUAGUAUGGAUGUAUCUAAGUUGUACUUGACAAAAUAAGGAUUCUUUUUAUGCCCAAAUUGCAAAGCUGUUGUAUCAAAAUGCUUUAUGUACUAUAAAUGUACUUGAUCUGUAUUUAAAACUAUUUAAGUGUAUUAAAUUGUAAAAUUUACUCUGUAUAUAGAUAGGCAUUUUGCAGGAUCAGAGGAGAGAAAUUAGAUUGCUGAAAAGCAGAAGGAAAGUUUGCUAAGCACUACAUGCGUUGUUUUAAUUCUACCCUGGAGGCAUAAGAAACAAAUUCAGUAAGCUAUUUUAAUUAGCUACAUUUCUAGCUAUUCUCUAGUGUGUGUCCUCUAUUGUGAACUCUUUUUUUGAAUUUCUAUUACCAUUGUGAAUAACCAGGACACUAAAUAUACCAGUGACCCAAUUAUUGAGCUACUAAAGAGAGAAAAUAGAACAGCAUGAUCACACCAGUAAAUCCUAAACAGACACUGGCUUUCACAUGCAAGGGAAGACCACCAAGUCUAAAUACACUGUCAAGAUUAUAAACAGGAAAUGGUGAAAAACAUUUCAGUAUCCUGACAGCUAAGAAAAACACUUUAUAAUCAUGCGAUGUAAAGGAGAUCAUUUAGUCUGGCUACAGUACAUAAGUGACCAAGAAAUUAGAUCAACAAUACACUAUAAUCAUCACAAAGACAGAUUGGGAAAAGCCAGGUUUAUAUUUUGACUAAAAGUAAUGACCAAGUACCAAUCAAGCAUACCAUCUUCAUAUUGGUUAAAGUGCAAAGCCUAAUGUUUUUAACUUGAGGUUCGGAAAUGCAGACCGGUGCAUGCGCAGGGUGUCUGCUACACAACAGCACAUACAACUCACAUACAUCAAUCUAGCACCUUUAUCCACACUGAGUCCUACAGUGUAGAAACAAAGCAAAAUGUAAGCCAUUAUUCACAAGAGUUCACUCAGGAGUUAUUUAAAGAGCUAUUGCUGACGUUUCUCAUCCUUAGACAUGACUUCUCAGAAAAAAUAAUGCAAGCCCUCUCUGGAUCUUUUUCUCUUUUAGCCCUGUUGUUUGGUGUGUGACUACUUUGUGAUAUUCUUAAAUAACUCAGGGGAUAAGACUUGUGAAUAUGGCUCCUGUAAUGGUGAACUCCAAAAUGUCAUUCACAGGAAUGGAGUGAUCACUUGCCAAAUCUGUGAAAGCAGAGAGCGCACUAAAGAGUUAGGUUCUCAUAGACAUAUUUUUGUGAUAGCAAGAAAUGACAUUAAAAAGUCUAUAAAAUGAAAUAUUCAAAAUAAAUGCAUAAUGUGUCAUAUUUUAUUGUUUCUGUAAAUAAAAUGGUAAAUAAAAUGGAACAUGCACUCA